AUGCUGAAGGACCGCGACGCCAUGGGCCCGGCCGCCAGCCCGUGCGCCGGGGGCGGCGGCGGGGGCGGCGGGGGCGGCGAGCCGGCCGUGUGCGGCGGCUGCGGGGGCCGCAUCGCGGACCGCUACUACCUGCUGGCGGCGGACCGCUCCUGGCACCAGGGCUGCCUGCAGUGCGGGGAGUGCAAACUGCCGCUCGACUCGGAGCUGACCUGCUUCGCGCGCGACGGCCGCAUCUACUGCAAGGAGGACUACUACAGGUUGUUCGCGGUGAAGCGGUGCGCGCGCUGCCGCGCCGGCAUCUCGGCCAGCGAGCUGGUGAUGCGCGCGCGCGACCUGGUCUACCACCUGCACUGCUUCACGUGCUACUCCUGCGGCGCGCACCUGGCCAAGGGAGACCACUUCGGCCUGCGCGACGGCCUGGUCUACUGCCGGCCGCACUACGAGCUGCUCUUCUCGCCGCACGACUGCUGCCCCGCGGGGCUGGAGCUGGACGGCGUGUUCUUCGGCGCGCACAAGGGCCGCCCGCGCAAGAGGAAGUCCUCGGCCGAGCUGGCGGAGCUGCCCGUGGCCCUGCGCGUCCCGGCGGGAGGCCUGGAGCUGCUGCACCCCGGUGACCUGAACUCCUCCAUGGACUCGCUGACGGCCUACGACUCCUCGGUGUCUUCGCCGGGCAACCCGGGUGGCCAGCAGCGCACCAAGCGCAUGCGCACCUCCUUCAAGCACCACCAGCUGCGCACCAUGAAGUCCUACUUCGCCAUCAACCAGAACCCUGACGCCAAGGACCUCAAGCAGCUCGCGCAGAAGACAGGGCUGUCCAAGAGGGUGCUCCAGGUGUGGUUCCAGAACGCGCGCGCCAAGUGGCGACGCAACAUGAUGCGGCAGGAGGGAGCCGCCCAGCAGCCCGGGGGCGGUGGAGGCGGCGGUGGAGGCGGUGGAGGCGGUGGGCCGGCCCCCGGCCCGGCGCUGGGCGACAGCAACAGUCUGCCCGCCGCCCCCUCCCACGACGAGAUGCACAGGCCGCCGCUGCUUCACCUGCACCACGCGCAGACCACGCAGACCCUCAGCUUCGCCGACCUCUACUAG